CGUCGCCAAAACAGAGCGUGCAUGGAACGUGGCCCGGAAGUUGCUAUUGUUUGUGAGGGUACAUUUAACCUAAGUAAAUAAGCUAAACGAAGGCGUUGACGUACUUAUGUAAAAUCGAGAUGUUUUGAAAAUUCUAUCGGAUAAUAUAGUUAGCUAACUGUGGCUAGCUGAAAUAGCUAAUUAGGUCAGUGUUGGUAUGCGUCUACUAGCAUAGAUAGCUAACGUUAGCUAAAUUGGGUUCUUAGCUUGAAACUAGCUUGCUUCUUCAGCUACCAAGCAACAUGCCUUCGUACAAAGCAGUGAGGAAAAGCAACCGUUUCUAUUAUUUCAUCAAAUUCACCUUAAAUAUCUACUCAAUGCUCUUCUCGCUCCUGGGCCUGUGUGUGCUGUGUGUGGGGGUGUACGCGGAGGUGGAGCGCCAGAAUAACCGUACCCUGGAGGGGGUGUUCCUGGCCCCCGCUGUGGUGCUCAUCCUGCUGGGCCUGGUGAUGUUCACCGUCUCCCUGGUGGGCAUGGUGGGCUCCCUCAGGGACAACAAGACCCUGCUACACAUGUUCUUGUGUGUUCUGUGUGUCCUACUGUUCCUGCAAGUUGUGGCUCUCAUCGUUGCACUCAUCUUUGAGAAGAAGACAUCAGCCUUGUUCCAAAGCAGCAUACGAGAGGGAAUUAAACACUAUUACGAUGAUCUGGACUUCAAAAACAUCUUGGACUUUGUGCAACAGAAGUUCUCUUGUUGUGGUGGGGACGAGUACAAGGACUGGGGUGUCAAUCAAUACCAUUUCUGCAAUGGCACCGGGCCGCUGGCCUGUGGCGUUCCUUAUACAUGUUGUGUCCGCCACAAGGUGGGAGAGGUUGUCAACACUCUUUGUGGUUACAAGACUCUCAGCCAGCAGCUCGAGGUCCUAGAUGAGGUGAUUCAUGUGCGAGGCUGUAUCCAUGCUGUCAACCUGUGGAUGGGCGACAACUUGGGAGCAACUAUUGGGCUCUGCUGUGCCUUAGGUCUGCCACAGCUAAUGGGCAUCGUGCUGAGCUGUAUGUUCUGGAACCUGCUGGUGGAGAUGAAUGAGUCCAUGGACAUGGUGGACUUCAAGAUCCUCAAGAGAGCUGGCUUUGAGUACAGCGAGCUGGACCUGGCUGGUGCUGGCUGCUGCCUGUGUCUGCCCAGAGACGGAGGCUACCUCCCCCUGCCAGCUCUAGACCCCAUCUUGUCUGACCCUGACCUAAAGCCCAUCCCCAUCCGAGUCCAGCGACCCCUGCCCGUCCAGGUCCAUAGGCCCCUGGCCCAAUCCCUCCAAGACCUCAAGCUAUCUGGGCUUAGACUGGACGAGGUAGACAUUGGGUGGAAGCAGAAAAGAAGGGAAUAUUAAUUUGUGAAUUAUUUUUUUAUUUAAUUUAUUUUUUGGUCUUGUUUUGGUCUCUGUGUUUGUUGAAGGACAGGUUAGACCUGUUGCACUAUUUGGUGGUCAAACCAAUCAAUGGUCAUUAACUGACAUGAUCACAGGUUAUAAUGGCCACGUUCCUAGCUGGCUACGUUGCAUACGCAUUCCAGAUCUCAAUGCCUGGUUAGGUGUUUAACAUAUCAGCUAACCACAUGAUAUGAUAUAGCAAUCUGAUGCCUGACUGCGCAGUUGAUGACGUGGCACACAUCCAUUGGUUGAUGCAAUGCAUGCAGUUGGCCUGGAACCCAACCAGAGGUUGGGCACUUUGGAAAGGCAUUAUUGGAGCAAUUGUUAUCCUGUUUUUUAAAUAUUUGUUAGUCUUUCAAAGAACAAGAUGCUGCAGUGGUUUUUAGACACUAAUUUAACAGUUGUUUUUACCUUUUUCUAAAUGGAGCUUUCAAAUGGAGCUGCGGUCUUAUUUUGACAUUUCCUCAAAUUUGUUGCAGGUAUUUUAUAAAUCUUUUAUUUUGAACUGUGUCUCAUGUGCUAAAGCAUACCUCAGGCUGUAUUCAAAUGGCCCAAUAGUCAGAAGACAAUUCACAUCAUGUUUAUUUACUAGACCGACUUGACAUUUUUUUUGUUUGAGAUUAUCAUUCUAGUCAGAGCAGAGGAAUGGGAGUAGCCAAUCUUAUCUUGCUUCGAGUGCAAUGUCUGUGAAGGAUGUGUAGCCUGUUUCUUUUUUGUAUGAACUCUUUGCUUCCAUUUGUACCGGUUUGUACAGUGCCUUCGGGAAGUAUUCAGACCCUUUGACCUUUUCCACAAUUUUGUUAAACUACAGCCUUGUUCUAAAUUAGAAUUAGAUUUUU